GCGUGAUUUUACGCGAGAUUUUUUUACUGCGUCUUGAUGCUUGAUGUUUCCGGGUAGGACGAUACGAUACGCAACGUAAUCCAAAUAUUUUCUUUACUUUUUCUCAAGUGUUUGUCGUUAUUAUUCUCGAGUGUUUGUUACGCGUUGUUGUUCUUUGAAAAACCUAGCGCAGCAUGGAGCGAGCCUUUUCUUGCUCUGUAAUCGGCGUCAAGCAGUGAGAUGUAGCCGACCAAACUGCCGCUGUGUUUCCAUUCCUGUCAAAUAUACUUAAAGGGGACCGCGACUCAAAGGGAAAGUCAUCUCGAACUGGUGGUUUUAUUUCGGUGAUAUUAUUCCACAUACACUCUCGCGCUACAAAUUUUCGUGAAAUUUCGCGCCAAGUGUCGAAGUUCAAUAAAAGAAAUCCUUAACUCGGGGGAAAAUAUUCGUUUAAUCGUCGAUUGCUUAUAAAACACAUCGGGCGAAUAUUAAUGUAAAUAAGAAUAAAGUACAACGUGAUUGAUCGAUGAACGUGAGUUUCAACGAUCGAAAUGUGUGCAAAGCAUACAUACGCGGUGCCAAAACGUACUUGUCACGGAUUUUGGCGCGCUUGUAAAUCCAUCUUUCUAUCCAAUUAAUAUCGAGGAACAAAAGGAUCGAAGAGGAAGGAUCGAAGAGGCAAAGAGCGUGCAUCGAAGUCUGAGUUCUCGAAGGAACUUGCCCUCAUCGCAUCCGGUGAGCCGAGCGGAAGAAGCACGAGCGUUGAAAAAUUAUUUUUACCCCGGGAAUCGGUUUCGACGAGCCGUGCGUGACUCGGUCCAAAGGCGGUCCGGAGCCUGAAGAAGAUGGGCCAGUGAAAAUUCAUUGCUCCCCUUUCCGGUUGUCCAACGAUCGAACAAAUGUCGAGGAUGCUGCGGCUCGAGCUGGUGGGACUCGUGUUGCUGGCCUGCACCCAGAUACUCACGGAGCAUCGCAAUAUUUACGAAACAAGAUCGCUGUACGGUUAUCGGUCCAAGUUUCUCGAUCCCCCCGAACGGUUCACCAGAGAGGUGCGAGUGAAACAGGGUCGUUUACGAGGAAUCGUCGUGCAGCCGAGGACCAAUCACGAUCUACAGCCCGUCGAUGUUUUCCUGGGAGUACCGUACGCGGAACCUCCGGUCAAUUUCUUGAGAUUUUCGCCACCGAGAUCGCCGGAGCCGUGGCGCGGCACAAGAGAAUCGCAGGAAUUUGCACCCGUCUGCCCCCAAGUGGUGCCAAAAUUGCAGGACGAGAUGAAGCCGGUCAGAUACGAGUAUCUCGAGAGGCUGCUGCCGUACCUGAAGAACCAGAGCGAGGACUGUCUCUAUCUCAACAUCUAUACGCCCCAUCAAGCCGAAGGUCAAAAGACUCUGCGGAAGUAUCCCGUGAUGGUGUUCAUUCAUGGGGAGAGCUUUGAAUGGAACAGCGGCAACCCUUACGACGGCACUAUAUUGGCAGCUUAUGGCAACGUCGUCUUUGUCACUAUCAACUUUCGCCUGGGCAUCCUUGGUUUCUUGAGGCCCGGGAUCAGGGACGACACAGCGAGCAAUUUCGGUCUUCUGGAUCAAAUUGCGGCGCUUCUUUGGCUACGAGAGAACAUCGCCGAGUUCGGCGGCGAUCCGAACAGUAUUACUCUGGUCGGCCACGGUACCGGUGCAAUUUUUGCUAACCUGCUGCUUAUCAGCCCUGUGGCUAAUAAGAAAGGUCUCUUCAGUCGAGCUAUACUGAUGUCCGGAUCAGCGUUAAGCGCCGAUGCUAUCGGGAAAGCACCCUUGCAGAUCACCAAACAGGUGGCGCACGCCCUUCACUGCCCCACCACCACCGACAGCGAUCUGGCAAUAUGUUUGCGCGGCCAAGACGUGGACACUCUGCUGAACGUGAAGAUUCAUAAACCGAAUUACGUCCCUGCAUUCGCUCCGUUGAUCGACAACGCGGUCAUUCCGGACAAGCCUUACAACUUGAUGAAAAACCCUCAGUUCGACAGGUUCGAUCUGAUGUACGGCGUCACGGAAUCGGAGAAGUAUCACUUGUUGUCACCGGUGGAUCUGAUGCACGGGAUGUCGGAAGGGCAGAGGGAUGCGGUCCUGAAGGAACACGCCAAGGCGACGCACGAGCUUGAAGCGGAAUUAAUCCUGUCCAAGAUUCUGGAACAAUACGGCGAUUUCUCGCCAGGAUUUCAGGGAGAGUACAUGCUGAAGAAUCGCGAUCUCGUGCUCGAGGCUCUAUCCGACAGCGGUACCGUCGCCCCGUUAAUAAUGGCCGCGAAUUUGCACUCGAGGGCGAACCCGAACAGCUACAUGUACGUCUUCGCGCAUCCGAAAGCGACGCAGGAGUACUCUGGCCAACAACGCAAGUACACCGUGCACAGCGAAGAGUUGCCAUAUUUGCUGGGCGCUCCUCUCGAUGGGUUGCGCGGCCGAUACGAUAUCGGCGAAACGCUCUUCUCCGAGGCUAUAAUGAACUGGUGGUGCAGCUUCGCCUACAUAGGGAAUCCAAACGUGAAAGCAAUCUCAAAGCGAUAUCCGUACAUGAGGAAUGGACUGAAGGAAUUGAGCCAGUACGACAUCGAUUGGCCCGAGUACGAUCCUCAGAAUCAGAGGUACCUCAAUCUUACGAUUCCACCGAGCACGGGUAUGCAGUACCGACUUGCUGAAAUGCAAUUCUGGAACGAGCAUCUACCCAAAAUGCUUCUUCAUCCUGGCAAAGACAUACCGUUGCCGAUCCGACCGAAAGGGCCGAGACCGCAAAUUCUCGACAUCGCUGAUGGGAUUGGAAAGUAUGCGAAUGCGAGCAGGGAUUAUGACACGUACGGUUCCAGAUUCAAGGAGGGGAGUCGAGGCGAGGCGGAGGAGAUAUCGACGACCACUGAGAUCGCUACCUCCCCCCAAUCGUCUGAGGAGGAAGCGAUUCCACAGCCAAGCGCGCCCAAGAGUUCUUCCGUGAUCGCUAUGCUGACGGGUUUCGGCGCGUUAUUCUUGCUGAUCAACUUCACGGCGUGCCUCUACCUGUACUGCAAGAAGCAGGAGACGAAGAUGAAGGGGACAGGGGUGAAGAGGCGGGCGAGCCAGAAGGAAGGGAAGUCGGACAAGUACGAGAACCAUUACGGGGAGCUUGGUUACAAGAGCGACAGUAAACCGGAUCUGAACGACGUGAUAAAGAACGACAAGGCGUACGACAACAACUCGAACUUCGGCAGGCGGUCGAAAUUGUCGAGGCAGAGUUCCGGAUCCACCAUAGACACCCACAUCAAGGUUAGGGAGUGGAUACAACAGGAGAUAGUGCACAGGUGUUCCCCCAGGUUUCUCAGGAAGACGCGCGAAACGUUGCAAAAGGAGCAUGAGGACAAAUUGACGAAACAACAACAGCAACAAGAAGCGGAGAAGAAAAGGUUGGAGGAGGAGCUGUCGAAGGAGAGGAAGGAGGAGGCGAGGUACGAUAAAGAUCCGACUCUGAUCGUACGUCCUGGCAAGAAAUCAAAGGUCCCGAAGGUAUCGGUGGCCAUCGACGCCACACCCGCGGCAAGAACCGAAUCGAUCCUGAACCAGAUGCCUAUCGAGCUGGCGAAGGGCGUCGAGGCGGGCCUCGACCCGUUCAACAAGAGUAUCGAUUAUCCGAUGAUCGAUCCCAGCCAGUUGCAAACAGCUCCUCAGGUGGUUGUCAUAGAGCACCAUCACUCGAAAAGCGAUCCGUUACCGAUGGAAAACGUGUUGAAGAGCGUGAAACCGAAUUUCUCCACGCCGAGGAUUUACGAAUCCGAUUCGGGGAGCACGAGCAGCCUCUACGCCAAGAUUAACCCCAAGUUGAAAUCCCGCUUGCCCCGCCCCGAAUUGGCGGUGAAUCGGGAAGGAUCGGCGAUGGAUCAGACCGAGGAUAUUUACGUGAAAAUGGGGCCCAAGUUGACUACGUUCGGUUCGCCACCACCCGCGGAUACUUGCGGGGAUAUAAACGUAACCUGCAGGGAGUCCAGCCCGGAGGAGAGGGAAUGCGUGAGCCCGGAAGAAGCCCUGAGGACCAUCAAGAGGAGAAACUAUCCCAAAGUUCUGCCAGACAUCGAGAAAAGGCGAUCCCUCCCGGCGCCCAGCAGCUUGUUCGCGUCCAAACAGGGCGCCGGUUCUUUGAAGGAUUACAGAAGCGGAUUCCACUCGUCUUCGUCGUCGUCCUCUCAUCAACCCCCCCAACCCCCACCGAGGACGUUCGGCCCGUCCAAGAGCUUGGAGUUCGCCGAGGAGAGCGAGAAUCAAUCCGAAACGGAGACGAUCGUUACUAAUCUUCACGUUGGCCCGUUGCUCAGAAGGCAGGACUAUUCGGCGAAGAACAAUUCCGACCCGAGUAUCAUCGACUCUUUGGACGAAAGGAUGGACAACAGGUCGAGCAGGGUGCAGGGCGGCGGUGGCAGCGUGGACACGAUUUACUCGAGCAACGCGUGCCAUCAUCCCGGCCACGAAAUCGGCCAACCGAUUUUCCAGAGCGUGGGCAAGGACAUAGGGAAUCCGAUCGCCUUGUUGCAGUCGGGUAUCGGUAAUCCUAACUGGUACAAAUCAACUCCGACGGGGAACGGGGAUAUCUGUAUAGGGACGGCGUCCUCGGAGCCCAGGAUCACUAUCAGAGAAGUGGAGAAACAGCCUCAAUUCGGUGGCUCGAAUUGGGACACGAGGAUCCCAGGUACCGAGCCGAGAAUCGUGAUCACGCCUAGAGUCGGCAAUCUUCUGGGACAGAAUCAGAGCUUGAGCCGGGCGGUGGUGAAUCUGUCGGGCACCGCUUCCGACCAGGGGCUCGACAGAGAAAUUAAAUCCCCGCACGAGUCGAGCAGAUCCAAUACCAGCUCGAUCGAGCAACUGGAAUCGGAUUGCCCCCUAACCUCGUGCUCCUCCCCCGACUCCGGAUCGCCGAGCGGCCAACCCGGCCAAGAGCCGCGAAAGGAGCCGCGAAUAAUAAUCACGGCCAGGGACACGAAGGGUUCCUCCUCGUCCUCCUCGAGCUUGAAACAACCGAAGAUCAUCAUCAAGCCUACGUCCAGCUUGCAGAGGAGCAGGGAUCACAGGAAUAUUCCGAAAGUGUCGGCCAUCCCGCCCCCGGAGCAGAGCUGCCAGAGCGUCGAGAGGGACAAGCCCUCGGGCGAGCAGAGGGAAAAGCCACCCUUGAAGGAGAAGCCGAAGAUCACCAGGAUACCCUCGUUCUCGAGGCGCGUGGAGGAGCCCUCGGGCGGAACCGAGAGGGCGGCCAUCCCCUCGUACCCCGAGAAGGCGGAAAUCGUGCACAGGGUGGAGGCGGUGGCCAGCGGCAAAGUGGUGAACGUGACCGUGGCUUGCGAUGGGAAGUCGAGCAUUCCUACGUUGCAACGGAAGGAGGGUGAAAAGUGUUCGAGCGUCGAGUCGGGGACCGGGCCCUUGAAUACGGCCACAAUCAAAAAGAAACCGGCCAGCAAAAAGUAAAAGGAAGUAUCCGUCGUGCGCUUCUUCCACCAUUGUUCAACUUCGGACCGUUACUUUCGGCUGAGUAGUUUUCUAUGUUUCAAAUCAACUAUUCGGUCGUCCACUUGACGCUCUGAUCCUUUGCCGACCAGGAAAGGGAAAGUAAUUGGUUUCUUUCCUUCUUCUUUUUUUUCUUUUUUUUUUUUUGCCCGUCUAGGAAGAGAAGAGAUUCGUAAAGGAUAAAACAAAGGAUACACAAGAGAUAUCUUAUAGGGACCACGAAAUUGAGAUCCGAAGCGGUGUACGAUACGAAGAUCGUGAUAAGAUCGUGAUGAGAUCGAAGCGUGUUAAUUUCUAACGAUUUUUAUUGUUUUUAAAUAAUUAUUAUUUGUAGUAGAUGUAAUUUUUUCUUUUGUACCAUAUUCGGGAAUAUUUGUCCAAUCAUUAAAACGAACAAAGUCAAGUAAUAAACCGUUUGGAAUAAAGCGUUUCUUUAACCUUUAGUCGUGUAAUCGCAAUCAUCGUGCACAGUAUUAAUUUUAUAUAAACGAUAUGCCUAUUAAACUAAGAUCUAAUCUACGUUAAUUAAAAUGAUCUGUUAUAUUAUUUAACACCGUAUUUAUUUACGUAUA